GUUCACCCAAUAACUGAUGUAGUAUUGAGAACCAAACCCUAAACCUGCGCAAGAGCCCUCUCCGCGAAGAACUCACUCUUCUCGCUUUGAGGACGCGCUAUACGGCCUCUAUUAGUGCCGCAGCGACCUUGCCAUGCCGGAUUGCACCACCUGCGUCGCGCGUGCCGUCACGCGUGCCGACGACAUCUGCCACCAGACCUGCGACGGUGCCGUGCAGCUCGACAGAAGAUUGCUAAUUGAAGAUUGCUCCAAUGGAAGAAGCAAGUUCAAUCUGCUCGUGCAAAUCAAAACUGUCGCCGACACCUUCCACAGGCUCACCAGAGAACUCUCCACGCUCCUCGAUGUUUUCCCUCUCCAAGAACUCCACCUAAACGAUGACCUUCGGGAACUCGUUAUCCUCCUGCAGAAACAGUGCUCUGAAUCCAUACCGUUCAUCGAAGCUGAACAGAUUUCUUGUGUUGGUGUUGAUAACAUGUGCAUAAUCGUAGAUGUUGUGAAACGGCAACCCUUAGGUUUAUUAACUGAAGAAAAAAUAAGCAAUGCAAUGGGUGAAGUUGGACCUUCAAUAACACUGGCCAGCUUAUCAGAGAUUCUAGCAUUUGUUGUAAGAUCAUUUGUUUCUAUGCCAACAUGCCGUGUUUUCUCCAUGAUUGUAGCUUUGGCGGUUCUACUGGACUUCCUGCUACAGAUUACUGCCUUUGUAGCUUUGGUUACAUUAGACUUUAAUGCUUCAACAUGAAAGGACUUUCAUGUAAUGAAACAUCAAACAUGUUAAGGAUAUAAUUCACUCUUAAGUAUCCACCUUUGUAGGCAAUAGGCAGGAAAGAGAUGGAUUGCCGACACGAUAUAUGAAGAAACAAUAUGCUGCUUUGGUGUGGAUUUCUUGACCUCUAAAGGAUGAAGAUUUUCAAUGUGUUUCUUCUCUCAAGGAUUUGGUGAGCUUUUAUGUUGUGUAUUUCUUGUUAUCAAACUUGUAUUUUGUAAAAAAAGUUUAACAUACAAAAGCAUCUCUUGUGUUGUUGUUUGAUCUUUUUUGCAAGUCUGCAUAAUUCGAUUUAGGCUGAGUAGUUCUCAAAAUUGUGUCUGUCUACUUUUGUAAUGCAUGUUGAUUUUAAUUCUGUCA